GCUCCCCGGUCGCGCACGUGCUCUGAGCCCCUCAGGUCGGCAGCAUUCAUGGCGGCGCCCUGCAAAGCGGUGAUCGUCCCCGGGAACGGGGGCGGGGAUGUGACCACCCACGGCUGGUACGGCUGGGUGAAGAGGGGGCUGGAGCAGAUACCUGGCUUCCAGUGCUUGGCUAAAAACAUGCCUGACCCAAUCACAGCUCGAGAGAGCAUCUGGCUGCCCUUCAUGGAGACGGAGCUGCACUGUGACGAGGAGACCAUCAUCAUAGGCCACAGUUCUGGCGCCAUUGCAGCCAUGAGGUACGCAGAGACCCACCGGGUGUGUGCUAUCGUGUUAGUGUCUGCAUACACGUCUGACCUGGGGGAUGACAACGAACGGGCAAGCGGAUACUUCAGCCGCCCCUGGCAGUGGGAGAAGAUCAAAGCCAACUGCCCUCACAUUGUGCAGUUUGGCUCCACCGACGAUCCUUUCCUUCCUUGGAAGGAACAACAAGAAGUGGCCAACAGGUUGGAAGCCAAAUUGUACAGAUUCACUGACCGUGGCCAUUUCCAGAACACGGAGUUUCAUGAACUGGUUAGUGUGGUCAAGUCCAUGCUGGAAGUGCCAGGAUAGCCAGGGUCGUUGCUGCUGUUCUGUGUAACAACAUGGGAGUAGGGCCACCAUCAGCUUAUUAACAGAUGACAAUCAUCUAUUAUCAGAUGAAUAGUGGGCAUGCAAACCAGAUCAAAUUAAGGUCUAAAAAACACACAUUUCAGUGUUCAAACGAAAUUACAAACGGUAUUUUCAUUUUCCAUAGAAUCUACAUCUCCUCAAAUUGCUCUGACCUAAAACAGUAUUUUUCCCAUUUGAUAAGGGACAUGGGACAGCUUAACCACCCUUAUGUAUCCGAAGUGAAUAAGACAGAAACGAAACCCAGGUUUCCUGAUCCUUAGUCCAGAUUAAAACUAAACAGGUUUCAUGUUUUGCUGUAGGAGUUGCAGCAUAACAUGUCCUUAACAUGUUGAGUGACACACAAGGAGGUUGAGGCAGGGGUCUGCAGGGUCAGGCAGGGAUCCGUCUAAGACCAGACUGGCGAGGAUUAGGGCGACGGGGAGAACUGCUGGGCCCUGUCUGGAUUGUUGCCGUGUGGGAAUUUGGCAAGGCAUUGCCAGUUUUCUGAUUUUCAAGGAAAGAAAUUAAUACACUUUUGUAUUUAGGGACCAUAAGUGUAUGUAUAUAUAAUCCACAUGUACAUGAAUUACGUUCAGUCCACAGACAUGGGUUAUGUUAGUUGGCAACUACAGCGUAAAUAAAAAAUUUGCAAACACGGCAAGACACAAAGUCCAAGCUUUCCAUGUGUGACCUCUGCUGUAAGUAUUCACUUAGCCAGUGCUUUAGAGCUUGAGAAAAGCCUGAGAAAUAGACAUGACGUCAAAGGAUGAAAUCAUGGCAACAGUUGGGAUUUUGUUACAAAGUCUUAAAUAUUUUUUAAAAUGAUCUUUCCAUAUCUCAAAUUUUGUUCUGUAAAGUGUUCUACCUUUUAAUUUCCAUGGUCCUUUAUAUCUCUUUCAGCAUCAUUCCAUGAUUUUUCUUCUAAUCAUACUCCCUCAAAAAAACCCUUUUUCAUUUUCCAACGUUUUUUUGGCUAUUAUUAUCCCCAAGUAACAUCUCAGAACAAUUUCCAAUAAAUUCACACCUGAUAUUUGCUGCAAUAAUGUGAAUUCCCACACUGUUCAUACCUAACAAAAAUUCAGAGCCAUCAUUUGAACCUGAAAAGGCUUUUGAUUUCUAAAUGUGCUCAAAAAAUGUCAGGAGAGAUUCUCAAUUUUUAGCUGCAAUUAUCUUAGGGGAUGGGAAUUAUGGUAGUUAUGGUGUGGUGCAUGUCUCCUUUUUACAUUAUACACCUGGGGAUUAUUUGAGUUUGUGCACUGUGUCUUUCAUAAUUAAAAAUAAAGAUUAAAAA